UACACAUACAUGUCUAGAUACUUAAAUCUUCCUGGUUGACACUCUAUCUAUAUACAUGUUGUCAAGAUGUUUAAAAUACAGAUAUACUUUGUAUGUGGAAUUUUAUUUUUAACAAAAGUCAUAGAUCCGUCAAGGGAAACUUUAUGUGAAAACUCUGAACAAAGAUUCAAGAUAAUAUCCUGUCCUGAAAACAACACAUUUAGUUUGAAAUCGAUCACAUAUGGUGAAUCUCCAUGCCAGGAUGCAAACAACAAUCGCAUAUGUCAUUCCAAUAUAGAUAAUUAUUUCAACGAACAUUGUCUAGGACAAAAUAAUUGUACACUUCCAGUCGAAAUUUUGUCAAAUAAAAAUUGCAAACCUCCACCAAGACGCUUACAAGUCAAAUUUAAAUGUGAUAUCAAAUUGUGGUGGGAUAAACAUUUUGGUUACACAGAUACCUGUGGAAAUUCGUUAGCAGAAGUAAAGUGUUCUUCGGGUAAAAUACGAAUUGAAGACGUAAUAUCCUACAGUUAUACAGGAAUGUGUGAUGAAUUGACCAAAGACUGUGCCAAAGAUCGUCUUGAUAAGUUAUGUGAUGGCAAACGCUUCUGUACACAAGAUACAACUACAGACUCGUGUCUUUUUCAUGAAAGAUACGCCAAUAUUGACUAUUAUUGUAAAAGUACAUCCGAUCCUGAGGUUACAGAAAGCAUACUAGGCACAUCGUCAGAUCAUGCAAUUGAUAUGACUACUAUCUCCACUUCAUAUACUGUCACUGAAGGUGACCAGCAAGCUGUUCUGAAUCUUGAUGACAAUCACCGAGUAGAAAUAUACCAACACUCACUCAACCGGAAGAUGUACCUGUGUAGUUUAAAUUGGGAUAACAAUGAUGCUGGAGUACUUUGUAAAUCUCUCAACAGCACAUGGAUAGGAAAUGCUACAUUUGUUGACAAAUUGUUAGAUAUACCGACUCUUCCUUAUUCCAUGCAUUGUGAUGGACAUGAAUACAGUUUGUUAGAAUGCAAUACUACAGAAGACGAAAGCGGUUGUAAUAAGACUACCGUAGCCGGUGCCGUGUGCAGUCAAGGUACCGGCAUACCAGCGGAAGGUGUUACGAAUCCUUCUUUGAAUAAAUUGAGCUCAGUGAAAUUAGGAUUUCAAACCAUAGGAGUUGCUGUAGGAGUACCGGUUGGUAUAAUUUGCAUGAUCUGCAUUAUUGUUGCCGUCGUGCUCAUCAGACGAAGAUGUAUACUUGAAAAUUCGGAUAACAAAUUCUCAAACUUCAUGAGUAAUGCAGCAGAUGAGAAUUACUUAGGUCAGCAAGAUAUAGCACUCCGUCAGUAUCCAACCAACAACAAGGUAUUGUACAGCCAGGUUCAAAAGCACGACACAGACACGACAAAAAACGAAGACGGACAGGGUUGUAGUCAUACAUCCAAAGACACAGAAUCCCCGUAUGCCCUAUCUGAGGAAGGGGUAUAUGACAAGACAGAUGAUAGAAGGCAUGUUGUUAAUGAUACAGACAUGUAUAGCCGUACUGUCGAUACCGUGUAUGAUUCUGCUGAACAAAACAUUAAAGAAGAUAUUAAAGAGGAGACCUAUGAUCAUUUUUUCGGUGAGAAAACGGAAGAUUAUUAUGAUCAAACGACAAGAACAUGAACUGAAAUACAUAUAACAGCAAUGUUAAAAAUUAUUGCGAUUUAAAUAAAUAUCCAUUGCAAAAGACUCCACCUGUGAAAAUAUGGUGGAUUAUAUACAGACAUUCGUCUGUAGGGUAUAGCAGUGAUAAAAAAAUAUGACUCGAAGAAAAUUUAGAUAUCGAGUUAUAUAUGGAUUGUACAGUUUUACAUUUUUAGAAGUAGUUGGUAUAUGUACAUUUGUAAAUAUAUAUAUUUGAUUGUCAGUUCGUCUUUCCAAUGUUUGUGUUGGUUGCUUUUACUGUUUAAUCUAUGUUUAUACAAUACAUAUUCAUUUGACGUGGCUCUGUACCUACACAUCCCGUCACUCGGCGAUGGUAAAUUUUUUUUUUUUUUUUUUGUCUUUCAUUUUUAAUCAUGUGAUUUUGUCUGUAAUACGCCUUUUUGUUUAUCUUUGUUUACACAUUUGCUUGUUUUUUUUUAAUUAUUACGAUUAUAACACAAUGUUGACUGUUGCACCUCUAUAUUUGACAUGUUUAACUAUGAUUAUGACUGCUUGUUUUGUUCACACAUCAUUGUCAAUAUGGAAUUGUAUGCGACUGCCAUGCAUGUGUGAGGUUUGGCUACCUAUAAAACCAGGUUAUUCUACCAUUUUCUACAUAACUUUGACAGUUGUUAUCCAUUCGUUUGAUGUGUUUUAGCUUUUUAUUUUGCCAUUUGCUUAAGGACUUUCCGUUUAGCAUUUUUCUCGAAGUUCGGUACAGAUUUUUUGGUUUUUACUUUUGAAUCGUUGGAUAAAUUGACAGAGACGAAUUUACGGGGGUGAAGGUGGCCUUUCACUACUUCAAGACAUUGUGUACAUGUACCUCCUUGGUUAUCUUUAACUGCAUCCUAUUUUAUGGUUUUGUCUUCUCAACCCAAAGACUUUGGACUGGCUUUGUAAAGGAUAUGAUCAUGUAGCUUUCCUCGUAGACCUCUUGUUUCGGGUAAUCACAUGUACAUAACUUUUGAAUCAGUAUCGAUUAUAGAUUGAAGGAGGAGAGAAGGCUGAAAUUGCCAUUGCAAAAAAACAAAAAAAGGACAAAAAUACAAACAACAGUCUAUAAAAGAAAAAAUAGAAAUCUAUAGACUAUAGCAAAACAAUCUCAUAUAAAACAAAAAAUAGAAAUCUAUAGACUAUAGCAAAACAAUCUCAUAUAAAACAAAAAAUAGAAAUCUAUAGACUAUAGCAAAACAAUCUCAUAUAAAACAAAAAAUAGAAAUCUAUAGACUAUAGCAAAACAAUCUCCAACAAACCUGGGGUGAUCUCAGGUGCGCUGGAAGGUUAAGGCGAUCUUGGUCCACAUUUGGCGUCCGUUCUUUUGUUCGUGUAAGUAAAUUCGAUGAGGUCUGUCAAAAGAGUCCUUAUUUUUUGGGAUCGACAGAUACAACGUACAAGUUCAGUGUCACAACGAAACAUAGCGUUUAAAAACUUUCGGUAUUGUCCACAAUUUGGAAUAAUAUACAGAGGAAGCAUUAUGUUGUUUUUUCCGAUUUCCAUACUAAGUUUGUUGAUUAACAGGGUUGUUGGAAUAUCUUACUCGUUUACAAAGGGCCAAUACAUAUGUUUUUGAAAAUCAGGGUUCUGAGUGAAGCAUUCCGAACACAUUCUACGCUCAUUAUCGUCUUGAAUCAGAUGUUCUAGAUUGAAGCUCUUUGAAAAUAUUGUUUAAAGUGUUUGUCAAGUGUUCUAGACUUAUUUCUGUAGCAUGCAGGAUUUCUGGAAACUCAUUUAAAGUUUUGUAAGCAUGGGUACACUCUCCUUAAAUGUGAAGUGCAUGUCUCUCGGUUUUUAUUGUUUUUCAUUUAUGUAACAUUUUAGGGUUAUACAUAUAUGUUGGCAGUGCCAGCUUUUACUUGAUUUAAUUCGCGUCUAUGCUUUAGAUAAUGGUAACAAAUGCGUAUUACCAUUCUCAAUUUGAAAUUAUGACAUUGAAUUGGUACCUUUAUGUCAUUUUGUGACUUGAAGUUUGUUUUCAAAUAGUAUCAUUACUUUUAUUGAAAUAUUGGUUAAUUUUCCAUUUUAAACUAAAUUGAAAUAGAUGACAAUUAGUAAUAUUUUCAGUCAUAACAGGGAAAUAUAAUGUAGAGAAAGGUUUAUCAUUUCCCCUGACAUAUUAUCAGGCAGUAACACAUCCUUUGUAGAUAAUCAUAAACAUCUCAUUCUUUCAUCCUGAACGGAAAUGUAUAACAUUGUCUUUUUCCUUUCUCCGAAAUGGUCAGGUUUUCACGAACAUGAUAAAUACAUCUACAAAUGCAUGUUUUAUAGCAUCUAUCAACAUGUUCAGGACAUGCUCAAUUUAUAAAAGGAACAGUAUACAGCCAAUAUAGCUAAUUUUCAAAAGUUUCGAAAUGUGUCCAAAUUUAAACAAAACACACUUAUUAUGCAGCUCAGUGUAUGCUUCUUUUUAGAAAAGAUGGGACGACAGAUGAGAAAGUGUCUAGAAUAUGUCAUCAAGAGAAACUAAAGAACUGGUUUUACAGAAACGAAAGUAUUUUGUUUCCAGUUAAGUUAUCUCACUUUAAAGUAAUACUUUUCCUCCACAU